GCGGAAGUUCCGUUGAGAUUUGGGACAGCAAGCGCAUCCCUUCCAGUGUAUGUGUGGCAACAACAUGUCAGUGCCGCUGCUUGCCGAGGCCGUGACGGUGUCAGGGACGGAGAAGGAGACCGCUGCGGUAAUCUUCCUCCAUGGGUUGGGUGAUUCAGGGCAUGGUUGGGCAGAUGCCAUGACUGCUAUCCGACUGCCACAUGUGAAGUAUAUUUGCCCCCAUGCGCCCAGAAUUCCCGUCACUCUUAACAUGAAGAUGACAAUGCCCUCGUGGUUUGAUCUGAUGGGAUUGAGCCCAGACUCCCCAGAGGACGAGGCUGGGAUCAAGAGGGCAGCAGAGAAUAUUAAGGCCAUAAUUGACCAUGAGGCUAAGAACGGGAUCCUUCCGAACCGUGUGCUUCUUGGAGGCUUUUCUCAGGGUGGGGCUCUGUCCCUGUAUACAGCCCUUACCUGCCAGCAACAGUUGGCUGGGGUUGUGGCUCUCAGUUGCUGGCUCCCGCUCCACAAGACCUUUCCACAGGCGGCGAGCGCUAGCGCCAACAAGAACAUCCCCAUCCUACAGUGCCACGGGGAGAUGGACCAGAUGAUACCCGUGCAGUUCGGGGCCAUGACUGCAGAGAAGCUCAAGACCAUUGUCAGCCCCACAAAAAUCACCUUUAAAUCCUACCCAGGACUUCAGCACAGCUCCUGUCCUCAGGAGAUGGAGGCUGUAAAGGAAUUCAUUGAGAAGCAGUUGCCCCGGAUUUGACCUCACCAUGACCCCACUGUGACCUUUAGACACUGACCUCUCACCUCUGACCUGCCAUUCUCCCACAGGAAACAGCCAUGAGCACCCCCUACACACACUAACACAUACACAUGCACACACGCAUAUUCAAGCAUUAAUAUACUCACUUUCACAACACAUUUAUACAACUCAUGCCUCAUUAAUGCAAAUAAAAAACUAAGUUCAUGCUAGGUAUAAACAGUUUGCAAACGCACAUUGUUUACACUGAAGUGUGAACACAUUCUUAAAGUCUUAUUUUCAAGGGAGAAUCACUGACUAAAACAGUACAUUACCCAUUAGAAUCUUACCUACCCUCCCCUCUGUUUUUCAUCCUUUCUUUAUCCCAUACAGUACAUGCCAUCCCUCUAUCCUGCACCCUCCCAUGUGAUGCUGUGUGUGUCAGUAAGUGAGUCAUGUAGUGAGUCCAGUGAACUAGCCGCUGGGCUAUUGCUAACCCUCCUCUUAGAUGCCAGUUUGGUGUUUGAGAGCCCAGCUAACCCAGGUCGAGGGCUGAUGAGUGGGCAGGCCCAGCAGCCUGGGGUCCUGGUCCUGAGUAAGGCCCCAAUGUCAGAUGCCGUCUGGAGUGACUGGUGCCGCUAAUGCUCGUGACCCUCUAUCCCGACCUAACCUCUGCAUGCUGUUUACCUGCCAGGAUGCACCUUGACUGGUGGUAUACCUGAUCCUGUCCCACCGACUAAUGGGAGUCCCCUGCUCAUGCUGCAAUAACCUGCCAUUCUAUUAAGAUACCCCCUAUUGAAAUAAAAAGAAACCAACUGAUCAUUAACUUUUGCAACCAUGUUCUGUUCUUUAUCACAAUCUGAGGGCUAUUAUUGUCACUGUUUAUCAUAGAUUUUAAAAGAAUAAUUAUUUUGUUCAAUUUAAAUAUUGAACGAAAGAAAUUAGGUUUAUCUUUUUUGAUUUUUUUUUGGUUUCUUUUUGCCCUAGGAAAAUAAAGUAUUAUUUAAAUUUGGUAGAAAUCACUUGUUAUUGUUUAUUAAAGGUAUUUAAACAGUGACAUAAAAAUCCCCAUCUGUAUUACAUUAUACUUGAUUUGUAGAAAAAAAGUUUUUUGCUAAUUCUACAGACAAAUACACGUUAUUAUCUCACAGCAUCAGUGAUGUUUCACUCCAGAUGGGGCCAGUUCCAGAAGACACACUCAUGACUCAUUUAACUGUUCUUCCCAGCCAUCUCCUUUUGGCUUUUCACCGGUCAGUCAUUUCUCUUUCCCUAUCGUUUUAUACAAGUCAGUUCUAGAUCCUCAUGGUGAUAGGAAACAUUCUUGUCAGGAAGCAAACUAUUCACUUGACAACUGACUUACUGGCAUUCUGAAGGUCAGAGAACAUCUUUACCCAGCACUAUUGUAAUUCGCCUGAUAAAAAAGGCUUAACACAGGGAAGGCUUUGGCAUUAAGCUGUUCCUGUUAUUAACUAAAGGGUAAUUUUUAAAAGUAAUUAAUAUUGAUCAUAUAGAUCCUUGGGAGCAGGAGCAAUGCCCAGAGGAGUAGGUGUGCUCAAAUCAGGUGUUCUGUAUUUUCCUUUUGUGAAUGUUUUACCAUCCUCAUUAUUACAUGUUCUGUACUACCAAAACCUAAUUUGAAAUGGUGGACAGGAGAAAAAGAUUCUGUAUUGAUUGUUAUUUGCUAUUUAAUGAAUGUCUCUCUUAAUACUUUUCCCCCCUUGCUACUGCAACUUCUCAUAAUCUUGAGUUUUUAUUAAUUCUGCUAAGUUUUGGUUAGUUGUAUUGGUGUGAUCUUUCUGUUGUAGGCUUGUAUUUCAAUACAAUCUUCAAUCUUCAAUUUCCAAUCCUCUGUUAUCUCUUGGUUUCAUCACUGUUGUUCAGGACGGUUGGAGUCUCGCGCAUGUUCUCCUGAGUUGUAAUUUGUCAAUGGUCGAAUUUUCUCAUCAUGUUUGUCAUCUCAUCCGCUUUGUGUUGGUUCAUACUACAAGCAAAACAUGUUGAGGAGGACUCUUAUCGGUCCUUAUUGAUUAUUUUAUUUCCCAAGACACCUGUAUGUUGAAUAAAUGAUACAAAUAACUGUCAA